AUGUUAGCAUUGCCCAUUGACAUCCUUCCCCCGUGUCCCGCUGCCGUUGUGCCUGUGAGCAGUGGCACCUCUGGAGACAGGUGCUGGGUGUCUGCUGGUCUCAUCACCGCCGCUGUUUCCUGCUCGUCACGCCUCUCCUGCUCGUCCUGUUCCCACGCCGCAGAGGCCACAGGUCAGCUGCACACACACACCGAGCUGCAAAGCACUGUGGGAAAAACUAUCUCUGUGUCUGUGAACCUGACGACCAUCAUCUGUGGACUUCGGGAAAAGGACAGACACACGGAACACAGAUUUUUGGUAUCGCUAGUUUUGAAGAAGAAGAAGAAGAAGAGGAAGUGGAAGAAGAAGAAGAAGAAGAAGAAGGAGGAGGAGGAGGAGGAGGAGGAGGAGGAGGAGAAGAAGAAGAAGAAGAAGAAGAAGAAGAAGAAGAAGAAGAAGAAGAAGAAGUAG